AGAAAGAGGUGACGUCACAUGUGGGGAAUACAUCUCGGCGUGCGCGAGUCAAUUCAGUUCUGCUGUUUGUGCUUCACGGGGCACUCUUCUCCUCAUUAUUCACGCAACUGGUUUACUCGCGGGAAGUUUAUUUAGUCAGGGGUCCGUGGCGCGAAAUGUUCGCUUCUCAGCGCGCGUAAUAACCAGCGCGUAAACGCGCACCUUUAGCACAGGUAACAGAGAACUUCCGGAAGAACGAGCAGAUCGGGUUACCGCGCGAGCCCAGAUUUUAUACGAGCCACUGCGACUUUAAAUCAGAAUCGUGAAAAGAAAAACAGCACAGCCAUGUCGGAACUGAAGAAGAAUAAGUUAUUUAUGGUGCUGAUGGAUGUUAUAUGCGUGUUUGUGGUGGCAAUGCCGUUCAUCAUAAUGACCAUCAUGUACAGCCCAUACCAGCGUGGAGUUUACUGCAAUGAUGAGACCAUCCGUUACCCCUACAGAAAAGACACAAUUUCGCACAAACUGAUGGCUGCCAUAACCAUUCCCUGCUCCAUUAUUAUUAUCGCUUCAGGAGAGGCAUACCUGGUGUACACCAAACGUCUAUACUCCAAUUCAGGCUUUAACCAGUACGCUGCAGCCCUCUACAAAGUCGUGGGGACAUUUCUGUUCGGCGCCUGUGUAAGCCAGUCUCUGACCGACAUGGCCAAGUAUACCAUCGGUCGCCUGCGGCCCAACUUUAUAGCCGUGUGCGCUCCAGAGGUCUGCAAUGGCUACAUGUUGGAGUUAAACUGCACGGGAAACCCGAGGAACGUGACAGAAUCCAGGCUGUCGUUCUACUCGGGUCACUCCUCUUUCGGGAUGUACUGCAUGUUGUUUCUGGCGCUUUACGUCCAUGCACGUAUGGCAUCCAAAUGGGCUCGCCUGGUGCGACCCACAAUUCAGUUCUUCCUGGUGGCCUUUGCUAUUUAUGUUGGCUACACGCGUGUGUCUGACUACAAACACCACUGGAGUGACGUGGUCGUGGGUCUUCUGCAGGGGGCGCUGGUGGCUGUUCUCACGGUGCGAUACAUUUCUGACUUCUUUAAAGAGCGCCCCCCUCUUUGCCAGAAUGCAGAACCUGGUGAAAACGAUGACAUAGAGCGCAAGCCGAGCCUUCAGAUCUCGGACGCAGAGAGAAACAAUCAUUACACUUACAGUAGGCCUGUAUGAGCCUGACCUUUAACCCAGCGUGAAUGUGCUCACACAGAACCACUGGAUGCUGCAUCCUCUACGCUACGCCUUGUUCAGAUAACCGCACACAUCGCUGCUCAAACACAUACACUGGCACCGACUAUACUCAUAUCCACAGGAUCAUACUUCCCAUUAUAUAGCUCUCUGUGUGGGAGAGAGCAAGCGAUUGCAUAAACGAACACUGAAUAUUAUACUUUAUACUUUGCUACAGAUGGCUGACCGCUAUGUCGUAUAGUUUUAUGCAUAUACGUAUACGCCGUGCGCACAGAUUGCCUCGAAUCUAGCAAACAAUGAGGGACUUUAUUGUAUCAUAGCACAAAACUCGCCAAUGGGAACUGAUCGUUUCCAUGACGACCUCAAAACCAUCGGUUGACUAGACGAAUUUCUGAAAAAUUUCGAUACAGUCGGAAGUCAAAGGUUGGGUGGAAGUUUCAUCAUUAUUAAUGAAAUAUAUAUCCAGUGUAUAUAUGCAGUACUGGAUUAUCAUGAUUUGAAAAGUGUUUUUAUAAAAUUUAUUGUGGCGGUAGAUUUUAGAGACUGUAGCUUUUUAUAACAUUUUGGUAGCUUUAACCGGUUAAAUCCACAUACAUCUGCAAGCAAUCAUAGACAACAUAACUCAACUAAUUCUUUUUAUAUACUACUAGUACUUGUCUCAUUUUAUUUUUUAUAAUGUUAUGUAAGUGUAAGAAUCAUGUAAUAUCUGCCUAUAUGGAAAACACGCAACAUUUCAUUGCAACCGUUAUUUUCACAUUUGUCAUCAUUUGGUGUCAAGUCCUGUGGGAUUGUGGGUAAUAUUGGCCCAGAAACAGACACUUAAAAAAUACACUUUAUUCUCCAGGAAACACUGGUUUAUUGGUUUUAUCUGUGAUUUGAAACAUACUAAUCCUAAACUAGCAUGUUGUUAACUAAGGUUGAAUAGAAACAGUUGUUUGCAACAUGAUGGUAUGUUGUUUGCGUUUACUGUGAGUUAAUGCUGCAAGGUUUUUUAUAGACACUAUAUUUCCUGAAUAUAAAUGAUUGAUUUUGUUUCUUUAAUAUGAAACAGAGACUCUGUGACUCCUGCAGUUAUAUAACACCAGACAGUUUUAUAAUAAAUCACGCAUGUAGUGUAGUGCACUUACACACUGAAUGUGUGACAAAAAUCAGCCAAUGUUUUCAAAAUGUAAGUAGUUUUGUGAACAGUACUGUUAUUCAGUAUUUUUACAAGUUAGACGUUUACAUGUCUGUUAUAUGAGUAGAUGUUGACUGUGCUGUGACAGGUCUACUCCAUUUAAAACUUUUUAAACGGCAUUUAUUUCUUUUUUAAUUGUUUUGCAUGCAUUCUUUGAUAGUAUAUGAGAGUGAUGCGCGGGUCAGGUUUUUUCCAACUCUUUUUUUUUGUUGAUUUUGUGUAAAAUUAACACAAAAUGUGUUGUUUCAAUAAUAACACAGAGCUUGGUGGAUUCUGAGACAAUGCAUUUAGUGUGCAUUAGAAACAACACCAAUGUGUUGUUUUUUACACAUCCAUUCUAAGAGUGUAAGCAUUGUAAUGUAAAUAAAAAGAGGCUUUAUUUCAGCCAAAAACAUCCAUUAGAUUACAUCACCCUGUAAACUAUAUAAACCAGCAUGGUUGUAUUAAUAACAAGAUACUGUAGGAUAAUGAUUAACAUUUUCAACAUUUACAAAGCACUUUUUGCAACAUGCAUUAUAACUUUAUCAAAGAAUCACAAUCAAAUAUAAAAAUUUAUAUUUCCAAAUAUUUAACAUGGGCUAUAGGUAUUGCAUGCAACAUAAAAGGAUUUUAUUUUCAUUUUAAUGACCCGCCCCUAAAUAAAUUGAGAAUUCCUUUAUCCGCCCCAACCCGACCGGCGCAUCACUAAUAAGAGUUAAAGAUGACAUGAAAGAUGUUUAAAAUUGUGAACUUCUAAAAUUAAGAAAAAGUGUUUACUCAACAUCGGCAUAAAUCAGCAUUAUAUCCCAGACAACUCCGGGCCAGAUCCGCACCGGAGCAGCUGACUUCCGCGCGGAUCCGGCCCAGAGUCGUCUGUUAUGGCUGAAUUAACAUUGGGAGAAAAUUCUGUUCCCUUAUAUUUAUUGUGAAAAUUUAAAGCUACUGAAUCUUGUUCCUUUUGGUUUAAAGGUAAAUUGUAUGAGCCACUUGUGAAGUUUCCAGCUCCAAAUUGUAUAUUAACCAAAUGUUAUUUUGUCAUAUGACUGUUUUGUAGUGACAGUUUUAUUGUGAGUGUAUAGCUUGCGUUGCACAUACAGUUUUUAUUUCUAGGUUAUAUUUUGUAUUUGUUGGUUAUAUGUACAACUUUAGAUAAAUAAAUAAAAAAAUCUGCAUCUUG